CAAAAAAAGUACAUUCCUAUGCCAAUCACCCCUCAAGAUAUUUCCGUUUUUCCGGAGGAAGAAGAGACCCCCUUUACCUUGCUCACUCUGGAUCAUGCAACUAUUCUCCAACAUCGCAAGAAAAACACUUCUCUUUCGCUGCCAUUUGGGUCUGAUGCUCCAUCCGUGACAUAUCCUUGUGAGAACCCUAUGACCUCAACCCCGGCACAACGGCAGGCUCUUCGCCCCCUCAGACUUCCUUCCCUCAUAUCGUUGCCUCCGGCUUCUCUCGAAUCACCUUCUCAACACGGAGCAACCACCUCCAUGAGCGAAGGCAAAUCGACUCCACCCCUUCCGUGGGCAUCAAGUGCCCUAGAUCCACAUAAUCCAUUCGUUGAUAACUUCGAGAGACCAAUUUCACGAGGCUCUAGUUUGGAGGAAUACCAGCCUCAUGUAUUCCCCCAACAAUACACUUCAGAUCUUCAUUGGCCAUCUGUGCGUAGUAGUCCCUUAUCGGUUCUCAGCGAGCCAUUUCAGCACUCCCCGGAAGACAAUCCUUCCUGUGUUCCGUAUCGUGUGCCAGAACAUUUGGAUAUUCCAUCAUCGACGCUUCCCACCUACUACAUGGUACGAGUAUAUAUACUCGGUGCCCCAUUCAAGUAUCUGAGCGUACCUGCUAGCCUGAGGAUUCGGUGCCCUCUUACUCGGGACUCCCUACGUCAUCAUCUGAUGCACCCUCUUCAAGACCAGUGUCGGUGUCCACAAUGACAUCCAUCCAAACUACCGUCGCUCCCAGACAGCGCUCAGCAUCUUCUAGCACCACAUCGACAUCACCAAAAGACCGCGGGAGAUUUUCUAGUAUCU